AUGGCGGAGCGGCUGCUGCUGCGGGCGCGGCGGGGCGGUCGCGGGACCCGCUCGGUGUCGCUCCGCGGGAUGCAGCUGCAGCGCGUACCCCGGGGCCUGGCGAGCCUCCCGGGGCUGCGGGCCCUGAGCCUGCGCGACAACGAGCUGCGCUGUCUGCCCGUCGAGCUGGGCGGCCUGAGCCGGUUGACGGAACUAAAUUUGGGAAACAAUAUCUUUGAGGAAGUUCCAGAACAGCUGAAAUAUCUCAGUUCACUGCAAAAGCUUCACUUGUUUGGAAAUAAAAUUACUACAAUAUCACCCACAAUAUUUGAUGGAUUAGAAAAAUUGAUAUUUCUCAAUCUGAACAACAACAAGCUUAAAUAUCUUCCUCCAGAAAUACACAGAUUAGAAAAUCUUGAAAACAUGAUCUUAAACAAUAAUCAGCUAGAAAGUAUUCCUAAAGAGCUAUGUUCCUUGCAAAAGCUCUCAGAACUCCAUCUAUCCCACAAUUGUCUCAUCACAGUACCUGAAGAGAUUGGAUACAUGAUGAAUCUCAGAAUGCUGUGCCUGUCAAGAAACCAAAUAGGAGUGCUCCCUGACGGCCUUUGCAAACUGAGAAAACUACGAAUUCUAGAUGUAGCAGGGAACAAAAUUCAGAUUUUCCCAGUAGCAAUGGAGGACCUUAUGCUGAUGGAACUUUACUGUGAAGAUAAUCCAUUGCUCCAGAAACAGCCUGUUUCUGCCAUACAAGAGGAAGAAGUUUGGUCUCUUAAGGAAAUAGCUGCAAGAUUUAUUUUCAGUCAGUUAACCAAAGAAGACUCCAUUCUACAUACUGCAGUAAAACAGAACUUGGAAGCAUGCAAUAUACUUUCCAAAAAACAAGAGUGUGCUCAGUGUGGGCAAGGAUUCCUGAAUAUAUGGCUGGAGUGCGUACGUUUUGUGAAUGUCAGACAGAAAAUGAAGAUAAGCAGAAACGUGCACCUCUUGCCUGUAAGGACAUUGCUGUGCUCUUACAAAUGCUUUAACCAUCCUGGCCAUGGAUUCUUUGGAAUUGCUGUACCAUAGAGCAGGCAAGGAAUUCACUCAGUACAUCAGUCAGAUUGCCCUCUUUGGCAUUGUUUACCCUUACCCAAGAGCUAGUUCUUAGAAUUCAGUAUUGUGUCUGUUCUCAAUGUAAAAUAUACGGUAUAUUAUGGAGAGAUAAUGAAUUACAAAGAAAUGAUCUCCAUAUACAUAAUUAUUCCGCACAACUGUGUGAUGCUGAUGUUUUUUGGCAGACUUAACACAACUUCUAAAAGUGGAUGAAUUAAACCAAUGAAAUUGUUUAAAUAUGACGCAGAGUUUUAUAGUGCAAAUUGUAAACAGACAUUGUAUUGUGGCUUCUUUGACAGAUGUCUUAUGUUCUAAUGUGAAAUUAUUAUGAAAAUUUGUUUUUCUGAGAAUUUAGGAUCAAAUUUUAAAGCUUCAAAGAAAUAUAUGGAGACGUCAAAGUGAUUCUUUAUAUAUUCUUUCAUUGCCAUUAUAAAUCCAGCUUUGUAGAAGUUUGUAACUUGGCACACAAGUGUCUUAGCACAGGAGCAAAUAUGUAUGAGUGCUUUAAUAAUGAAAAAGAUGACCAGUUUAAGAUUUUUGUUUUUUUUGCAUAAAACAAUUUUAAUUUUUAAAGAGGCACUUAUGCCUCAUGGAAAACUUUGAGAAAACAUUCUAUAUAGAAGCAAUUCUUAGAUGUUUUAUUUUUGUGGUUUCUUUUCUUCCCUGCUUUCUGAUCCCUUUGGAUGUUUUUAGAUUAAAACAGGCAUUUUUAAAUCUUCCUCCCCUAAAUUUAUACUCCUCUGUUAAUGUCAUAAACCUGUCCUUUGCAAUUAAUUAUAAUGUUACAAACAGGGUCCCUUGUUCUGGAAAGUGCUUAAGCAUGUGCCUAAAUGUAAGCACAAGCAGUCCUAUUGAUUUCAGUGGGACUGUUCAUUUGUUGAAAGUUAAGGAUGUGGUUAGGUACCUUUCUGCAUUUGGUCCAGAAUUAUUUCAGGUGAGAAUAAUAAGCAGGAACAGUCACAUACUUAAAGAGCAAAGACUGUUUUUAAACAAUUUGUUGCCUAGGAGUAAAGAACAAGUUAACAAAUACCAAAAAACAAGCAGAAUUUUCUCUAAAUAGAAUAUUUUUGUGAUUUUUACAUUUCUGUGAGGCACCGGUGGAGCACCAAAAAACAUUUCUCAAGAACUUUAUCUCUAAUAUGGUGUACUCACUUUCAAGUGAAAUUCAUUGCAGACAGAGGAUGUAUCAUGGAAGCAGUACAAUAAUACUGUGCAGAUAGUAGUGGGCACAGUCUGAGUGAAGGGAGGAUUCACCAUACCUCUCUGAAAGUACAAACAAGAAGGAGGGCAUUGAGGAUAGGCUAGGGAACAAACUACCACAUCUGUGCAUAUGCAGAUUCAGUGACUCGGAACCCCUUAUAGAAGCUGCGAAAGGACUCCAUCCUCCACAGUUUCCAGGUAGGACAGUCUUACAGAAUGUGAUCACUCAAUCUGUGAGAGAAUUCCACUGUUAUUACAUUAUCAAAAAUGAGGAAACAGACGUAGAUGGAACACUGAAUGCUGAAAUUCUGCUCUUUCACAUGGACAGGAGCAUCUGCUUUGCAUUGCACACACGUGGUAUACAUACUAAAUAUGUUCUAAAUACACAUUUACAUCAUAGGUCUCGACUGUCCUAUUAAAUAACUAAUGCUGUGAAUGAAUCACUGCCUGAUCAAUCUUUCUGUUGUAUUUUCUCAGUUAAUAGGCACUUCAGAGAAACAUUUGGUUAGUUUGGUUUUAAAAUCAUUUGUUUUUUAAAUAAUUCAGUUUGACACAAAUUGUCUGAAGCAAGAAAAGUUAAAUUCAAAGCUGCCUUAGCUGCCUCCUUUUAUUGCAGUGGAGUUAUUCAUACUUGGCUUCUAAUACAAUGUGUGCUGCAUUUUUUCCUUGGCCUUUUUGGCUAAGAUCCAGACUAAUAUUGGUUUAAUAUCUGUAAACAUCCUCUUUUGGGGAACACUACAUAAAGUUUCCAACAGGAUGGAUUCAAUGAGCUAAUAGAUUUGUCCUGUCUUUAAUUAUAAUAGUUGUAUUGUGAAGGCAUAAGAAGAUGAGUUAAGCAGUAUCAGCCUUAACUUUGAAAAACCUCACUGUCACUUAGUGCCUUGUGUGUUAAUUUCUUUGUGCAAUUCUGUCUGUGAAAUACGUGAUAAGAUGAACAGAACACUUCCUCAACCUAGAAAUGCUCUCCAAGUACCCAAUGAAACUACAGCUUCAAGAAACUAAAAAUGCAUAUGUGCAAGUUGUAUUUAUGGCCUCCCUUUGUCUCCAGGGAAGGGAGUGAGACACCAGUGACCUUCAUGAAGAUUUGUUUGGGCGUGAAUGGGAUGGCACAAUCCUUGGGAACACACUUUCCCUUUAGAGAGAGAAGGAUUCCAUUGGUGGUGUCCAUUUGGUGCAUUGUGUAAUCAUGCUGCAGGGCAGAAUCAGUGACUGCUUCUGAAGAACACCCUCUUCUGCUUAAAUCAGCGUGACUAAUACAUGCUGUGCUUAUGCUGAUGUCUGUGAUGUGCGGACAUCACGCUCCAUGCUAGCAGAUGAAACAGGAGAAGAAUACUUUUGUGUAUUUUUGUAAAGAUUCAUCUGAAGAUAAUAAUAGUGACCAUGACACAGAAUAUUCCAUGGGGAUUAAUAGGAUUGGGGGACAUCUACAACUCUCAGCUAGUCCUUGACUCUCAAAUAGCAUUUGUUAUUACGUCUGUCUCCCAGCAAUGUUUUUCCCCUGGAAUAUCUGUGGGCGUCACAAAUCACAAACAUCCUGUUAAACUCCCAUUUAAAUACAGUCAAAACUCCCUUGUAUUCAGUGGGAGCAGGUUCUUCAUACCCCAAGCCGUGAGCCCUGUGGAAGUAGUAUUUGCCUCCACCUUAACUAAGAAUCUCAAACUACUAUAGGUAAGUGAAAUCCAGCAGGUCUGAUGUAAACUGAUGGAGAGUGUGAAAAAUGAAGGUUCACCUGCUAUUUAAGUUCCAAAGGGUAUUUUACUUCCUUUGAUGUUUUUCCCAGAUGUCUUUCUGCCAUGCAGGCCUCAUGUAGCACAGAAGGAUUUUCAAUAAUCUUGCUGCUCCUGCUAGCAGGAAUUAAUAAAAAGGAAUGAACCAAUAUGGAUUAUCAUUGUUCCUUUCACUGUGCAGUUUAUAUGGCUAACUAACGAUGCUUGUAUAUCAAUGCCUCUGUGAUGCGACUUGUGUAACCUCAGUGUUACAAUAGGCAAAGAAAAGAAAGAGUUGUAAAUGCCUAAGUACACUGAAGUGUCACCACUGUGGUGUCAUCAUAGGGCCCCUGGACAUAGCUCAAAGGGCCUUCAUAGGACUCUUAGUAAGAAAUAUAGUUUCACAUAAUAACCAAGGAAAG